GACCAACUGCGUAGCUACCUCUUAGCUUUCUUCAUCAUUAUCUCCUGUUGUCUCUCUCUCUCUCUCUCUCUCUCUCUCUCUGCCUCCUCCACAUGCAAUAUCCUGGUCGUGCGCUACAAAGAAAAUAAUAUCAUAGAAAUAGUAAGCGAUUUAGCUUAAUGAUUUAUCUAAUGGUUUAGUAUUUCCGCGCAUGCAUGUGAUGUGAUGCUGCUUUAUACGCAAGCAAAUAGUAAAUACCAGCUCAUCAACCAUCAAUGCCAUCAUUGUUUCGAGGUCCCAGAGUGGAUCUCUCUCUCUGCUAACUGUUUCUCAAAGCCCAAGAAUGCAGCUAACUGCCUUUUAAAUUUUAAUUGCUUCUGGUUUAAUGCUCGGCAGAAUUUUAUCUUUUUGGAGAGAGCUGAACCUGGGAAUAUUUGGUUGGAAAGAGUGAGACAGGAGAUGCUGUUUGUGCAAAGUAGCAAGUUUGGUCUCAUCUGAAGCCAGCAAAUGUGAGCAAGUUCUGCAGACUGUUUCAUUUUAACUGCAAAUUUGCUUGGCCAAUUGGUCUGUAACACCGAUGGAGAAGAUGAACAGGAAAUUAUCUCUCUUGUUCAUAUUCUUGUUUGGAACAAUUUUCUCACACGUUGCUACCGAACCAGUUGAGGAUAAACAAGCAUUGCUUGAUUUUCUUCGGAAUAUGUCGCACUCGCACUCUCUCAAUUGGACUGAGAACUAUUCUGUAUGUACAAACUGGACAGGAGUGUUCUGUAAUAAUGAUCAUUCCAGAGUCAUAGCCCUCCGAUUGCCAGGAGCUGGCUUACGUGGUCCAAUUCCCCCAAACACUCUCAGUCGCCUAUCGGCAAUUCAGAUUCUAAGCCUCAGAUCGAAUACUCUAUCAGGUCCUUUCCCUUCUGAUUUUUCCAAUCUCUUAAACUUGAUCAAAGUUUAUCUUCAACACAACAAGUUCACGGGCCCAUUGCCUUUGGAUUUCUCAGUUUGGAAGAAUUUAACUGUCAUUGAUUUCUCAAACAAUGGCUUUAAUGGGAGUAUCCCCACUUCAAUUUCAAAUUUGACUCAUCUCAUGGGGUUGAAUCUUGCCAACAACUCACUUUCGGGUGAAAUUCCUGAUCUCAAUGUUCCUAGUCUGCAACAGUUAAAUCUAUCCAACAAUAGGCUUGAUGGAAGUGUACCCAAAACCCUUCAGAGAUUUCCGAGUUCUGCGUUCUCUGGUAACAAUCUUACAACGGAAAACGCUCUUCCACCUGCUUUUCCAGUUCAGCCUCCUAAUGCUCAACCAUCGAAGAAAGCGAGACGACUUGGAGAACAAGCAAUAUUGGUAAUAACAAUUGUUGGACUUGUUCUGUUGUUUGUGGUUGGUGCCGUUGUUAUGAUGCUUUGCUCAAAUAGAGAUGGAAGUGGGGUUCCAAAGAAGCAAACAAAGAAAGAAGUCUCUUUAAGGAAAGGGGUUUCUGAGAGCCAAGACAAGAAUGAGAAGCUUACCUUCUUUGAGGGGAAUAAUCUUGCAUUUGAUUUGGAGGACUUGUUGAUGUCCUCUGCUGAAGUACUUGGGAAGGGAGUAUUUGGGACAACAUAUAAGGCGGCUCUGGAGGAUGGUAAUACUGUGGUCGUGAAGAGGCUUAAAGAAGUGAGUGUGGGAAAACGUGAGUUUGUGCAGCAGAUGGAAGUGGUUGGGAGUAUUAGGCAUGAAUAUGUAGUCGCGCUAAGGGCAUAUUACCAUUCGAAGGAUGAGAAGCUUGUGGUGUAUGAUUACCAUGGUCAAGGGAGCGUGUCUGCAAUGUUGCAUGGUAAAAGAGGAGAGGAGGGCCGGACUCCAUUAGACUGGGACACCCGGCUCAGAAUUGCAAUCGGUGCAGCAAGAGGCAUCGCUCAUAUCCACACAAAAAAUGGUGGGAACAAACUUGUCCAUGGAAAUAUAAAAGCCUCCAACAUUUUCCUCAACUCCCGAGGAUAUGGUUGUGUAUCUGAUCUCGGUUUAGCAGCAUUGAUAAGCCCCGUGUCUCCACCAAUGCGGGCUGCAGGAUAUCGAGCCCCAGAAGUAACAGACAGCCGGAAAUCAUCCCAUGCAUCUGAUGUCUACAGCUUUGGCGUGCUGCUGCUUGAGCUUCUCACUGGAAAGUCACCUGUACAUAGCACAGGUGGCCAUGAGGUUGUUCACUUAGUAAGGUGGGUGAAUUCUGUGGUUAGGGAAGAGUGGACAGCAGAAGUGUUUGAUGUAGAGCUUUUGAGGUAUCCUAAUAUAGAGGAGGAAAUGGUAGAGAUGUUACAAAUAGGAUUGACAUGCGUUACUAAAAUGCCAGAGGAUAGACCAAACAUGCAGGAUGUAGUGAAACUAGUAGAAGAAAUUCGUCAAGUGAACAAAGGAAAGCGACCAUCAGCCGAUCAUAAGCCAGAAAUCUCAACCCCAUCACCUGUUAUAGCUGAGAUAGGAUCCUCCUCUAUCAUGGGGUCCUCCAUGAUUACCCCUUGAGAUUCUCUAGUCCUAGCAAUUUUUAUGAUUUUCACAUUGAGAAUUAAUUGAAAUUGAGUUGGGCAAAUGCCUUUCGUUAUUGAGAUUGUUUGUGUAUCCAGGAGCGUUCAGAAACAUGUAUAAAUAAGGUUAUCAACUCCAUGGGAAGUGAGCCUCCAGAAUUUAAUAUACAGAAGUUUCUUAUUGUACUUUUUUGUCAUA